CGCCUCGUCCCUCUACUCCCCAGCUCCCUCAAACAUCUGGAUUAUUUUCCCCAGAGGCGCUCUCUGGCUUCAUAGGUGCCCAUCGGAAACAUUUUUGCACCCCUAUAACUCGUGGACUUUACAGCACAAGAAUCUGGAAAAUGUACAGCUUCAACACUCUGCGAUUCUACCUUUGGGAGACCAUUGUAUUCUUCAGCCUUGCUGCUUCCAAGGAGGCUGAAGCUGCCCGCUCUGCACCCAAGCCUAUGUCACCCUCAGACUUCCUGGAUAAGCUCAUGGGGAGAACUUCUGGGUAUGAUGCCAGGAUCAGGCCCAACUUUAAAGGUCCCCCUGUGAAUGUGAGUUGCAACAUCUUCAUCAACAGCUUUGGCUCCAUUGCUGAGACAACCAUGGUGAGUAUGUUAUAGCAAACACUGUUCCUGCAGUAGAUGUCUCUGCCCUGGGAAUGUU